AUGCCUUAUACUGAUGGCGAGAGGCCUUAUACUGAUGGCGAGAGACGUUAUACUGAUGGCGAGAUGCCUUAUACUGAUGGCAAGAGACGUUAUACUGAUGGCGAGAUGCCUUAUACUGAUGGCGAGAGACGUUAUACUGAUGUCGAGAUGCCUUAUACUGAUGGCGAGAUGCCUUAUACUGAUGGCGAGAGACGUUAUAAUGAUGGCAAGAGACGUUAUACUGAUGGCGAGAGACGUUAUACUGAUGGCGAGAUGCCUUAUACUGAAGGCGAGAUGCCUUAUACUGAUGGCGAGAGGCCUUAUACUGAUGGCAAGAGACGUUAUACUGAUGGCGAGAGACGUUAUACUGAUGGCGAGAUGCUUUAUACUGAUGGCGAAGGGCCUUAUACUGAUGGCGAGAGACGUUUUACUGAUGGCGAGAGACGUUAUACUGAUGGCAAGAGACGUCAUAGUGAUGUCGAGAUGCCUUAUACUGAUGUCGAGAGACGUUUUACCGAUGACGAGAUGCCUUAUACUGAUGGCGAGGGGCCUUAUACUGAUGGCGAGAUGCUUUAUACUGAUGGCGAGAUGCCUUAUACUGAUGCGAGAGAUCUAAUACUGAUGGCGUGA